CUUGAUAGCUGACUGUUACAAUCCAACUAUUUAACACGAGAAAAACUAAGAGAUGGAUCGCUGGCAGGAUCGCGUAGCGGUGAUCACGGGUGCCAGUUCCGGGAUUGGAGCUGCCGUGGCCCGCCAACUGGUGAGUGCUGGUGUCAUUGUUGUGGGUCUGGCUCGGCGGGUGGACCGCAUGGAUGCCAUUAAGGAAGAACUGCCACCGGAGCUGCAGACCCGAAUGCAUACCAUCCACUGUGAUGUCGGAAACCUGGACUCGGUGACGGCAGCCUUUGACUGGAUCGAGGAGCAGCUGGGCGGUUGUGACAUCCUGGUGAACAACGCCGGCUGCCUCAACCCCGGACAACUGCUCACCCUGGAGCUCGAGCAACUGCAGCAGGUUUUGAACGUGAACCUGAUGGGCGUGGUCAUCUGCACGCGGCGCGCUUUUCGCUCGAUGCAGCAACGUGAGGUGGCAGGUCAUGUGGUGCUCAUCAAUAGUCUAACGGGACGAACCAUCAUCAAUCCACCAGGCGACGAAUUGCAGUUGCUCAACAUGUAUCCGCUAACAAAGCACGGGAUUACGGCCUUGUUGGAGAUUCUGCGGCAGGAGCUGCGCGGAUUUAAGACCAAAAUCAAGGUUACGAGCAUCACUCCAGGAGUGACCGAUACGGAGAUUCUGCCUACUGGUUACGAUACGUUGCCGAUGCUUAAACCGGAUGACAUCGCCGCGGGUAUUAUGUAUGCCCUGGCCACUCCCCCGCAUGUCCAAGUGCACGAACUGACCAUCAAGCCGCUGGGAGAGCCUUUCUAAAUCCGUCCGGGAAUAUUAUUAUAAUGAUGAAGAGAUCGUUUUCAGCAAAUAUAGCGAUGCCUGAAA